GAGUGCCGAUCUAGACGUGCUUUCGGUGAAGCAACUCAAGGAGAUCCUGAUGUUGAAUCGCGUCGACUUUAAAGGCUGCUGCGAGAAAGCGGAGUUGCGCGAGCGUGUGCUGCGUCUUUGGCGUGAUGAUAGAUCCAUUCGAUCGAUCGAAAUGCUUACCUCAGAUGAUUUGUGUAAGAUCUGCAUGGAUGCACCGAUCGAGUGUGUGAUGCUGGAGUGUGGCCAUAUGGCCACGUGCACCGCAUGUGGAAAAGUGCUGAGCGAGUGUCCGAUCUGCCGCCAAUACAUUGUACGUGUGGUACGUUUCUUCCGAGCCUAAUCCCCUUCACCCAGGUGGCUGUGGUUGGUGCUGCUGAUGCUGCCGUCGUUGCUAGGCCUCCCAGUAGCAGGCAUUCAGCUAGAUAGUUAGAUAGAACUGAUACCCUUAUCCAUUUAGUUGUCCUUCACUGACGUGAACGUGUGCUGGAUGCUUCAAGCUAGCAAGUUAGUUUAAACAUUUUACGUUUACGAAACGUUUCCAUCUACACCAGCCCGGUGCUUCUCGUAGGUAUGGCGUAGAAAACAACAGGUAGACGACCGGUGGCACGAAACAUUCUGUUACGCUCAGGGAGCAGUAGUGUUUGCAGCUAGUGUUUGUGGUCUCUUAAAAGUGAAUCGCGGACAAUGCGUCGACACUACUGAACGGGCCUCGCAGCAUGCGUGGAUACCCUCCAGCUGGAAGCCACAAUCGACAAAUAAUAAUAAUAGUAAUAGUGCUAUAGAUGGUGGAUGAGCACAGUCGUCGCUGUCGUGCAUGGCGUGGUAACAGAAGACAAACGAAUUAUGUGAUCUAGUUAAUCCUAGGAUAAAGUCAAACGCAAAGCUCCUAACUGAGCAGCAUCGAAGGAGGUGCCCCUUAUCACCCCGAAAGGCGGAUCAAGAAUUCCUUUUUGCACCGAGAUGCUCGGUAGAAAGACAAUGACAACGAGAAUGGCGUAGAACAGUAGUGAAGAGUCUGCGAUAAAUGCACGCUGCUAGUCUAGUGGAACCGGAAGGAGCCCUGCCCAGUGUUGAGAGUGGGAUUUUAAAGCAUAACGUGAAGAUUGGUAAAUCCGACUGCCCAACGAGUGAGGAGUACGCGAGAUACAUGAGAAAGGAACAGGAACAGGAAGCGAAGGUGGAUGUGCGGGUAGUCUGCUAUUCUUGCAUCGUAACCCCUAAGAAGGCGUUCUUUCAAUCCUCAAACACUUACUUCUUUCCGCUGUUUAUAGAAUUGUUUCCCCUUGUUGCAUUGUCCUGCCGUGGGCUGUGUCAUCGGGUUUGGGGGACGCAACAGAAUACGGUUUACGAAUUCCAAUUACACUACUAUUAGCGUGUAUUUCAUGUACUACAGAAAACAAUAAUUAUUUAAUGCAAGAAACAAGGUGGAAUCUCGUGUCGUCCAUACAUUUACGAUCCGAAGCAUACGCGACAUGCAAGGAAGCAAUCCGAAUCAUUCUCCCAAGUCAGCAAGCGCAAAGUGAUAGCGAUAGAAACGAACAAAG